GAAUAUUGUAAUGGUAUUUUGGAAAUUUCUGAUGAGGGAAGUAGUAAUAGAGGAAGAGAUAUUAUUAAAGAAAUUGAAAAUUUGAAUUCUUCUAAUUUAUGUAAAGUUGGGUUUAUGUUUGGAUUUGCCAAAUUUUUUGGUAAAUUUUUUUUGGAAGAAUUGAAUAAAAAUGGAUAUUCGAGUGAAGAUGAAGAAAAUGAAAUUGAAAGAAUUAAUUGGGGUAAUUGGGUAAAGGAAACAGAAGAGUUUUUAAAUAAUUGUUAUAUAAUUUGGGAAAAGAUAAGACAAUCAUACAUUGAUAAUGCUGAAAGUGCUAUAAUUAAAACAAAAAAAGUAAAAAUUUCUUAA